AUGAAUCCUGGCAGAAGAAGUGUGUUCAAUUACAAGUUUGUGGAACCUCAGUUGAAAGCUUUGAAGGGUCUGGGAACUCGUUUGGAUCUAGAUCACAAAGAAGAUUUCGAGAAGGCCUAUGGGAAUCUCCUAGCUGGCACUGGCGUUGGAAGAACACUCGUAUAUAUUGGAGUCGGAAUUAAGGACUAUGUUCCUUUUGUCAGUACCAAGAAACUACCAAAGUCUCACCUUUUAGCCAAAGCUUUGCAUUUAGAGAAUAAGGAAGUGGGGCUUAACCUUAAUCUUAAGGGUGGAACUCAUGGUUUUACUCUAAAUUUUUUGGUUAAGAAGGCCAUUACUUUUGUGGAUGUUGGGAGUUGGAUAACUUUCAAUGUUGUUUUUGCUUUGCUCAUCUAUGGGAUAAUGUUGUUUUCUAGUAUGGAAGACUUUGUGGACUCGGCAUCUAUUCACAUCUUCCUGUCCAAGAACCCGGUUCCUACACUUCUUGAUGACACUUAUUACUCUAUUCAUAUAAGAACUCAUAAGAAGAUGGACUAUGAUAAUGUUAAGAUUAUCAUGAAUUGCGGAAGUUUCCCCAAUGUGCCCCUUAUAGGUACAAAGGGUGGAAUUAACUACAAUCCAAAAUUAGCCUUACGUAAGUUGGGUUAUCCGCUUUUGUGUAUGCCAGAUUUCGAACAUAGGGAGGAGUUUGUUUUGUAUAAAGGGUUUGACAAUCUGGAGUUGCUAAGGAAGAUUGUUAGAGCUUGGAGAGAAGCCUGUCCUCAAGGGAGAUCUGAGUUAGGAAAGAAGAAUUGCAUCACCAAGGAAGCUUAUACGCAAUGGGUUAAGGAUAGGGUUGAAAAAAUCUACUUCCAUUCCCAUUUGAGCCAUCUAUGA